ACAUCGAACGUCAGGAGAUGUCCGAUGUAACUGCAACCAUAGAAACUACAAAAACUGUCGAUAAUCAGUUUGUUGAAGACAAUAGCUCCUCACCGUCUAACGAUACCUUAUUACAUGGUGUUGAAUUAUAUUUAGUUGUUCUUGGUCUAGCAUGUGCCAUGUUUGUGGCCUUCCUAGAUCAAACAAUUGUUUCCACCGCUGUACCUAAAAUAGUUUCAGAUUUUAAUGGAUUGGAUCAAUUGGCAUGGGUUGCAACGUCUUAUUUACUCACAACGACUUCCUUUCAACCAAUAUAUGGAAAAUUAUCUGAUAUUUUUGGUCGUAAAGCAACAUUCUUGGUCACAAUUAUCAUUUUUGAAUUGGGCAGUUUGUUAUGUGGUGUUUCCACAAAUAUGGUUUCGCUGAUAAUAUACCGUGCAAUUGCUGGUAUCGGAGGUGGUGGUAUCAUGGGCACUAAAGAUCAGGGAAAAUAUCAGGGUAUCAUUGGCGCAUGCUUUGGUGCUGCUUCCGUAGCAGGCCCUCUCAUGGGUGGUCUUUUUACUGAUAAUGUUAGUUGGAGAUGGUGUUUUUUCAUCAAUCUUCCUUUAGGUGCAGUAACAUUAAUCGCUGUAAUUUGGUUUCUUCGCCUACCAAAACCAACCGGUUCAUUACUUGAUAAAAUUAAGAGAAUUGAUAUUAUCGGCACCAUUGUAAUAAUCUUCGCAACUGUUUGUAUCUUAUUACCUCUCAAUUGGGGAGGCAGUACUUAUCCUUGGAAUAGUCCCGUGGUUAUAGUUCUUCUAUGUGUCGGUGCAUUAGGUUACGUAAUAUUUGGUCUGGUUGAAACUUACGUCGUUGCUGAACCCAUUGCUCCACCCACACAAUCCGGAAUAGAUUUUAUGCCUUACAUUCUUGGUGUAGUAAUUUUCUCAAUUAUAGCAGGUCAAAUAUUUUCUCGAACAGAUAAAAUAGAGUAUCGAUUAGUUACUCUAAUUGCUUCGGCAUUGAAAAUAAUCGGUUCCGGAUUAACCACUAUGUGGAAUGAAAACACCGGAUAUGGUGAAUUUAUAGGAUACAUGUUAAUUGGUGGUGCUGGAAUUGGUAUAAGCAUUCAAUCCAUUACAUUAUGCGCUCAAAGAUUGGUUGAGCCGCAGGAUAUAGCUUCUGUUACUACUAUAACAUUAUUCUUUAGAAGCAUUGGAGCUGUCCUUGGAAUUGCAAUAGUAGGAACAGCAUAUAAUAAUAAACUUUCUCAAGAAUUAAGUACUUUAACAUUACCUCCAUCCUUUUCAACACAAUCCGUAUAUACUAUACAAACAUUACCACCAGAUACACGGUCAUUAGUCAUUCACGCUUAUGUUUCAGCAUUUCAAGUCACCUUUAUGAUUACCAUAUUAUUUGGAGGAUUAAUGUUUAUUUCAUCGUUGUUUAUGGGAAAUAGUAAACCAAUACAUAAUAAGGAUGGAGAAAAAGUCAUUGGGAUUUCUGUACAUUAG